UGAUUCCGCGCCGCCGCGCGCCCCGCGGGCUCUGCGUAGGGGUUGGCGCCGGAGAGGUCCGGCCGUCGGGGGCUGAAGCCGAGCGCCCAGCCCGCCGAGUCCGCGGCGCCUCGGACCCUGUGCGCCGCCGCGGCCCGGGAGCGUCGGCCGGGCGGGCCGGCAUUAAACUGAGAAGAUGUCCCUGUACGACGACCUGGGAGUGGAGACCAGUGACUCAAAAACGGAAGGCUGGUCCAAAAACUUCAAACUUCUGCAGUCUCAGCUCCAGGUGAAGAAGGCAGCUCUCACUCAGGCAAAGAGCCAGAGGACAAAACAAAGUACGGUCCUUGCCCCAGUAAUCGACCUGAAGCGAGGUGGCUCUUCAGAUGAGCGGCAGAUCGUGGACACUCCGCCGCACGUGGCGGCGGGCCUCAAGGACCCGGUUCCCAGUGGGUUUUCUGCAGGAGAAGUUUUGAUUCCCCUAGCUGAUGAAUAUGAUCCCAUGUUUCCUAACGAUUAUGAGAAAGUAGUGAAGCGCCAAAGAGAGGAGCGACAGAGACAGCGGGAGCUGGAAAGACAGAAGGAAAUAGAAGAGAGAGAAAAGAGGCGUAAGGACAGACAUGAAGCUAGUGGGUUUUCCAGGCGACCAGAUCCAGAUUCCGAUGAAGAUGAAGAUUAUGAGCGAGAGAGGAGGAAGAGAAGUAUGGGCGGAGCUGCCAUUGCACCACCCACUUCUCUUGUAGAGAAAGACAAAGAGUUACCCCGAGACUUUCCUUAUGAAGAGGAUUCACGACCUCGCUCACAGUCUUCCAAAGCUGCUAUCCCUCCCCCAGUGUACGAGGAACAAGACAGACCCAGAUCCCCGACUGGCCCCGGCAACUCCUUCCUCGCCAACAUGGGUGGCACAGUAGCACAUAAAAUCAUGCAGAAGUACGGCUUCCGGGAAGGCCAGGGUCUUGGGAAGCACGAGCAGGGCUUGAGCACAGCGCUGUCAGUGGAGAAGACCAGCAAGCGGGGAGGCAAGAUCAUCGUGGGCGAUGCCACUGAGAAAGAUGCAGCCAAGAAGUCGGAUUCAAAUCCAUUAACUGAAAUACUUAAGUGUCCUACUAAAGUGGUCCUACUAAGGAACAUGGUUGGUGCAGGAGAGGUAGAUGAAGACUUGGAAGUUGAAACCAAGGAAGAGUGUGAAAAAUAUGGCAAAGUUGGAAAAUGUGUGAUAUUUGAAAUUCCUGGUGCCCCUGAUGAUGAAGCAGUACGAAUAUUUUUAGAAUUUGAGAGGGUUGAAUCAGCAAUUAAAGCUGUUGUUGAUCUGAAUGGGAGGUAUUUUGGUGGACGGGUGGUCAAAGCAUGUUUCUACAAUUUGGAUAAAUUCAGGGUCUUGGAUUUGGCAGAACAAGUGUGAUUGUAAGAACUAGAGCCUGAGUCAUCUCCAACGAUCCUUCAACAAGCCGCAGACUGAGCAGAGGAGAGCAAGGCGACAGGCAGCCUGCGUGGCUGUGGGUACAAAGACUCUGGAAAGACUUCUAAGAUAUAUGUUGACUGAUCCCUUUUUUAUUUUGUGGUUUUUUAAUAUAGUAUAAAAAUCCUUUAAAAAAAACAAACAAAAAAACAAUCUGUGUGCCUCUCUGGUUGUUUCUCUUUUUUAUUACCACUUCUGAGGUGAUUACACUUUUUGCUAGGAUUUCAUGAUAAUUCUCAAGUGCUUCAGUGAUAUGGCAUUUCUUGCACUAAAAAAAUCUAGAAAGUUUUGGGAUAUGGGGUUGUGUUACCCUUUGCUUUUCUUUUUUUUUCUUUUUGAUUCAUUUUAAUAAAACCUGCAAGUUACUAAACUGUAGCUUCAUAAAUUCUAUAAUAAAGUAUCAUCUUGGCAGUCUGCCAAAGGUGAAAAUUUCUGCUUUCUCUAACAGAGAAAUUCUUCUUAUUGACUCCAAUCGUAGAAAAAACUCUUUAUGACCUAAACUAAGGUUGAAGAAUUGUGAGCCUACCAUGACCUGUUUGGAUGAAUCAUUUUCGGUUAAGCUAAGUCAGACUAUAGAGUUUGUGAUGGAUUUAGGGGUAUUUGGGUAUAGAACUCAUGAAUAUAGCCUUUGUUUUCGCAUAUUCAAGCCUAGUCUUUAGCGUAGAUCAGAAGUGACCGGUUAAUUCAAAACCUCGCAGGUACAUUGUAAAUGUGUGCCCAAUUAUGUUUUGGAAAUGGUGGUUCCCUGGGGUCACGUUUCUACUGGCAAAAUUUGCAGUAGUGUUAGUUCUCAUACAUAAUUUUAAAAUGUAUAAAAUUCAGCCACAUCAGCUACUUAAACUGUACUGGCGAUUAAUAUAAUUAUGGAAUUGUGAAAAAUUGUAUCAUUGAAGUGCAGUGGUGUAUGUGGCUCAAACAUUUAGCAGGGCCCAAAACAAAACAGAUAAAAAUGUUUGGCACUACGGCUCAUUGGCCAGAGCAGGAAGUGUUUCCAGAAUAUACUUGUGCCUGUGUUCUGUUCCUUGCUUGCCCAAAUGUUGCAUGUGACUUACCUAAAGCGGCAGCUGUGGGACGUGCGCCUGUGUUGUCUCUUUAGGUCUUUACGACAUGAGAGCGUCUUGUGACCCUGCGGGGGAGGAAAGUACUCAGCAUUUCUUUGCAUCCAUGGACUUGGUUUGGAGACAUAAGGAAUAUUCUGACCCUUUUUAAAAAAGGAUUUUCUCAUGUUUUUAUUUAACAUAAAUAAAAGAAUAACAUUU